AUGGAGCGUUCCAGGAGCCCGCUUGGUCUUUGGCUGGUGAUUGUUGGACUUUUGGUCGGCGCUGCAGUGGCCCAGCACUGGAUGGAGGCCCUGAACACCAACAGCAAGCGUCCUGCGCCGCUACCUCAGAAGCAGACAGGAGUUCCUGCGCCUGCGCCCCACGAUGACAAAUGCCAAGUGGAGCACAAUGAGAUGAUCCAGUGCGGCACCCGCGAUAUCACCAAGGAGCAAUGCGUAGCCAUCAACUGCUGCCACGAUGGACGGCGCUGCUAUUACGGCAAAGCAGUGACUGUGCAGUGUACAAGAGACGGCCAAUUUGUGGUGGUGCUAGCUCGUGACUCCACGAUGCCGCCGGUGGAUGUGACUGCGGUCAGCCUGAUGGAAAUGAACGAUCCCGCUUGCAACGCGGUCGACGCCACCGCCACAUUCGCCAUCUUUCAGUUCCCCAUGUCCAUGUGCGGCACAACGGUCAAGGAGGAAAACGGCUUUGUGGUAUACGAGAACCACAUGUCAUCGUCGUAUGAAGUGGGAAUCGGACCUCGAGGUUCCAUCACCCGCGACAGCCAUUUUGAGCUUCUAUUCCAGUGUAGAUAUUCAGGCACAGCUGUGGAAGCGCUGGUCGUGGAGGUCAACUCCCUCCCUGCACCUGUGCCAGUGGCUGCCGGUGGACCUCUCAGGGUGGAGCUCAGACUGGGCAACGGGGAGUGUCUCUCAAAGGGUUGUGUGGAAGAGGAGGUGGCGUACAACUCUUUCUACGCCGCAGUAGAUUACCCCAUCACUAAAGUUCUCAAGCAACCUGUAUAUGUUGAGGUCCGCAUCCUGGACAGGUCUGAUCCCAGCAUUGUUUUGAAUCUGGAGCGCUGCUGGGCCACCACCACGCCUAAUUCCAACAGCGUCCCUCAGUGCCCCUACCACGAUGACCGCUACCAGACCGUUGUGGUGCCUGUGCACGACUCUAGAAUUCCUUUCCCGACACACUACAAGCGCUUCAUCUUGAAGAUGUUCUCCUUUGUGGAGCCAAACCACUAUGCUCCUCAGAAGGACAGGGUUUUCAUCCACUGCAUGACAUCUGUGUGCUACCCAAGCAACCUGCACUCCUGUGACCAAAUGUGCUAUGGCAGACAUCGUGAGUAA